AUGUCCAUGCUACAUGUUCUCGACCUCCCUCAAAUCUAUACUAGGCCCUCUGCUGAGGCCCUUCUCGAUACCCUCAAACUUCUUACAACUGCCCCACCGUCAUGGGAGGAGCCUGGAGAAUCGAGGCGCAAAGAUGGGCAAGCGCCGGCAGUCACAGUCAGUCCAGAAGGUGUCACAGGGUACCUCACGAGCAUCAUUGGCAGUGAUCUACGGUGGAUAGAGGAUGAAGAAUUGAAGGAGCAGAUCUGGGACCAAGCCAGCGCGAGGCUUAGUGAACGCUCUGGACGGUCUGCCAUGGGUGCAAUGUCACGGUCAUUUCACAUUCCCACUUCGUCCGACGCUUUCGACCUCAGCAUCCACGAGCCGACUAUGACUGGCGACGACCUGGGUCUGAAAACAUGGGCAGCGUCAUAUCUCCUCGCGAAACGCCUCAGCUCGUUCGAUCUGGUUCCCACGGAUACACAAAGUAGACUACAAGUCCUUGAACUUGGUUCGGGAACUGGGCUGGUUGGACUGGCCAUGGCAGGCCUGGGUGCAGACGUCGUGCUGACAGACCUGCCCAGCAUCUGUCCAAACCUUAAGUACAACAUACUUCAGAAUGACGAGGUGGUCAACGGGAACAAUGGAAGUGCUCGCGCGGCCAUGCUUGAUUGGACUGAGCCUCAGGUCUGCGAGCCACUACAGGACGACGGUGAGGCCAUGCCCGCGAAGUUUCCAGUAAUCCUGGCUGCAGAUUCGCUGUACUCUGUAGAUCAUCCUCGCAUGCUGGUAGACACGAUUGCGGUUUGGCUUUCGCAGGACAGCGACGCCAAAGUCAUUGUGGAGUUUCCCUACAGAGAUGCAUAUCUGCCUCAGAUUGAGGACUUUCGCCGCCGGAUGGUUGAGAUUGGGCUGCAGAUAGUGGACGAAGGUGAAGAGAAAGGAUACGACGACUGGGGCGCGUCCAGAGGGAGCGGUGACCCAGACGACGGUGCGCUCGUGACGUGUUGGUGGGCAUGUUGGACGAGGAAAGGCUCAAGUGGUAAAAAGCCACCAAACCCCUCUUUCGUUCUCCAAGAACCAUUCAAAGUCACAUAUGAAGAUCGGCCAAUUCCUGAACUCCCAUCACCAUACGAUGUCAUUGUGCGGCCGCGAUGGACUGGUAUCUGCGGUUCCGACGUGCACUACUGGGUCGAGGGACGCAUCGGCCACUUUGUAGUUGAGAAGCCCAUGGUGCUCGGCCACGAGUCUGCCGGUAUCGUACACAAGGUUGGCGACAAGGUCAAGGGUCUUAAAGUCGGAGAUGAAGUCGCCAUGGAGCCUGGUGUGCCCUGCCGUCGUUGCGUGCGCUGCAAAGAGGGAAAGUACAACCUCUGCCCAGACAUGGCAUUCGCAGCAACUCCCCCAUACGACGGUACUCUCGCACGGUACUAUACUCUUCCCGAGGACUACUGCUAUAAGCUGCCCGAAAACAUGAGCAUGGAGGAGGGCGCGUUGAUCGAGCCCACCGCCGUCGCUGUCCACAUUACCCGCCAAGCAGCCAUCAAGCCCGGCGACUCUGUCGUCGUAUUCGGAGCUGGUCCCGUCGGUCUGCUCUGCUGCGCCGUCGCAAAGGCAUACGGCGCAAAGAAGAUCGUCACCGUCGACAUCAACGACGAGCGUCUGGGCUUUGCGCUCAACUACGCAGCCAACUCCAGUUUCAAGAGCGAGCGUGUAAGCGCAGAGGAGAACGCCAAAAACAUGAUCAAGCAGUGCGAAUUGGGACCUGGUGCCGAUGUCAUCAUCGAUGCAUCUGGCGCGGAGCCUUGCAUUCAGACUGCCAUUCACGCUUUGCGUAUGGGAGGAACAUAUGUUCAGGGCGGUAUGGGCAAGCCAGAUAUCACCUUCCCCAUUGUAGCGAUGUGCACAAAGGAACUCAACGUCAAGGGCUCCUUCCGCUAUGGUCCUGGCGACUAUCAGACUGCGAUUGACCUUGUGGCAAGCGGCCGUAUCUCAGUCAAGGAGCUCAUCACGGGCAAAGUCAAGUUUGAGGAGGCUGAGAAUGCGUUCAAGGAAGUCAAGGGCGGCAAGGGCAUCAAGAUUUUGAUCGAGGGACCUGCUGAGUAG